ACUAUUCUCGUGUAUCCCGGCGAUUCGCCGAUAAGCCGCUCUGUUCCAUUCCAUAUUCGCAUUGGGACACUGUCAGCGGAACGAGCUGAGGCCAUCCGUCCAUCCAAAGCAGCAAUAGUUGAUAUGGAUGCCAAUAGGAUCAAGUCGAGAAAGAUAUUUGCAAAGUUGCCGUCAAACAUCCCAGACUCUGUAAUUCCCGUGUCCCUAUCCCAGCCUCCACGUUCUACUCGAUUCAGUAGUAGCCAGUGGCACAAACAAACAAGCGGGAGGUGUGCUUACCAAUGGCAGUAUGGUGUUCAACCCUAA